CCCUUAACGACACACAGGAACACAAGGUCCACCUUUUGCCGACUCUGACUCCUCAGUCUCACGCACCAUCACCACAACGCACACACCACAACGCACCAUACGCCUCUACCACCACCACCGCCACCAUCCUUUCCUCCUCCAUCGUCAUCAUCAUCACCAGCUCAUUUUCUGCAUUCCAGGUAUUUUGGCUAUGGGAAGUGAACAAGAGAAGAAGGAAUAUGCUGACUUUAUGGAGAAGGUGAAGCGGACGGUGUACCUUGAUAAUCUCUCACCCCAGGUUACUGAUGCAGUCAUCAAAACUGCAUUUGAUCAGUAUGGUACGGCGAUCAGCAUUCAUUUCAUACAGAAUCACAUCGAGCCAAACUACAUUGGAAAGUGUGCCCUUGUUGAGUUGGAAAAUGCAAAGCAAGCAAAAUCAAUUCUUGAGGUGUUGUCUUCGUAUCCAUUUAUGAUGUCUGGAAUGCCACGACCAGUGAGGGGUCGUCCUGCAGUUCCAGAAAUGUUCGAUGAUCGUCCGCCUAAGCCUGGUAGGAAGAUACAAGUGUAUUGGGUGGACCCAAAAGAUCCUCAAUUUGAGGUGGCUCAGAAGCUGAAGAACCUGGUAAAGCAACAUGUAGCUGAACAGACCUUCCUGCAAAAGAAGCAGUUGGAGGAGGAAGAGAAGCUUUCAAAGCAGCAAGCUGAGGCUCUUAAAGGGCAUUAUCAGAAGUACGAGAUGAUAGAUUCUACAUUAGGUGAUGGAACCUCAAAGCGUCUAUCUAAGUGCUACGGGGUAAAUCUCAAUGAUGACUAAGGAAUCUGACUUGAAUUUUCUACAGUAAGUUAGCAGAGUAGUAGUAGACAGUAGUAUGUAAAUCUUAAGGUUUCGUGACUGAAUCCGCUUCUUUCAUAGAAAGAAACUCUUCAAGUUUAUGGAUUCAGGUAGUUUAACUGCGCAAGUGUAUGAAUCCUGCCUUUUAGACUGGUAGUUGCUUGUCCGAGCUGUCCUACAAUUGCAGUUAGUUCAUCUGUUAGCUCAUCGUUGUAUGGUUCUGUUUGCAAAAAUUAAUGAAUGUUCAAUGUGGUUCUUAUUUAUGACU